GGUAAAUCAGCGGGUCUCGAGUUGUCGCUUUUUGGCUCGACUAUAAGAAUUGCCGAGUACACGAAACGCCCGACUGCAAAAUGUUUGACUUGUGUUCAUGAAUUGCUCUGUUCAAGAUAUCAAAAUAUCAACUUUCCAUCAUGCGCGCGGCCACCACUCUCGUCUCAAUUAGUAGCCUACUAAGUAUGGCGACAUCGUUCAGAACCGAGCACUACUCAUAUGGCUCUAAUGUUCUGCAGAGUUACGACGUGCACUUUCCCGAGCGUAGCAGGCAGAAUGGCACAACGUCCGAGAAAUAUUGGCUGGUGUUUAUCCACGGCGGCUAUUGGCGUGACUUGGCCGUCAACUCAACCUCGGUCGAACCAGCAAUCAAUGUGCUGGCAAGCCGCAACAAUACGAAUCUCACCAACACGAUUGAUCAUGUCACUGGCAUAGCCUCCUUGAAUUACCGGCUGUCCGCCCUCCCCGGCGUGCAAGACCCUGCGACAACACCGCCGAAUGCAAUUCAAAAUGUUAGCUGGCCCGACCAUCUCAACGACGUCGUCGCGGCCCUCAAGGACCUGAACAAACACUAUCCUAUCCAUGGACGCUACGUGGUCUCUGGCCACUCGGUGGGCGCACAGAUGGCCUUUCUGUCGGCUCUUAGGGCCCUGAACGACUCGAGCAUCCCAAAGCCAGUCGCGGUAUUGGGCGUCAGCGGAAUCUAUGACUUUCCCCAGAUCCUGCGCACAAACCCAGAGUACACGAAUCUGACCUUGAACGGCCUCAAAGACCCAGCUCUCCUCGGGUCGGCGAGCCCGGCCGAGUAUCCCUCGUCCCUCUAUGCUCGACUGAACCUGGACGCAGUCGUCCUGGCACACAGCCAUAAUGAUGGCCUGGUACCCUGGGAUCAGGUAGAAACUAUGCUGGCGGUAGUCAAGGAUGUCGCAAAGAGACCAGCUGAAAUCGUCACCCUCGAUGGCGCCCACAAUAGUAUUUGGGGCGGUGGUGUACAAUUGGCGACGGCUUUUGCUGAUACUCUUGCACUUCUUCCUGGCAUUAGGGGUUCGAGGUGAACAGAUAUUAUCCAAGGAUAGUAGGAAGUUUAUAUAUACGGGACUAGCGAACGUUGCCCCUGAUCGCGAAGCAGAAUAAAGCCCAAGUAGCUAACCUAGGCUUGUGGAGACGUAGUUGCAGGAGUAGCCGCCUAUUAAUAAAUCAAGACGCAGCGUUGAGAUGGAAUCUCACCGACCAACUUGUCAAUGCGACGACAUUAUCUAGCUAGCAUAUGAACUGAUUAUACUUCCACCUGUGGUAUUGAC